GCGCAUCCAGCGGUUGUUUGACAUUUUAUACACAUCGGAAUGGCAAAAUAAUUAUUUUGUUGAAUGAAUUAAAGGAUUUUUAUAAUGAAAAAUGAAGUUUAAGUUAUUAUGGAGUGACUUUCAAUAGACACAUAAAGUUUAUUCAGACGUUAUUACCACAAUCACAAUGACUCAAAUAUCAAUAAUAUAGAUCUGAAUUUUCGUGCAUCUGUGUUACAUUUCAUAGUUUUUAUUUAUAAAAAUGCGGUGCAGUGUACAAAAUUGCAGUAACGAUACGAAAAAAACAACUAAAAGUCAUGGAAUUACCUUCCAUAUGUUCCCCAAGGACCCGAACCUUCGUGCUGCGUGGGUGGAGGCACUCGGCAUGACCGACUGGGAGCCAAAAGACAGAAGCACUAUAUGCUCCGAACACUUCAGGAAGGAUGAUUUCUACGUGACUAAAGGCGGUCUACGGAAAAUCAAAGAUGGCGCUGUUCCUGUGGUCACUUAUGAUUCUUCUGAGGACCUUGAUGCUCCUGCAGCUUUAAGGGUGUGCAGAAUCUGUUUAGCAAUGGAAGGUCAGAUGUAUCACAUACGAGAUCACAAACUGGACGAGAUUUAUGAAAAUGUCACUGGCAUUUAUUUAAGCGAAGAUGACAAACUACCUCAGAAGUUAUGCUGGGAGUGUGCCCACAGGUUGCUAAGCACCAACGGGUUUAGGAACAAAGCUCUCAGAAGCCAGGCUUUGCUGAUGAACCUUCUUCAACCGGAGAGAUAUAUAACAAUAAGGGACGUGAAGUCGAUAAACCGACUACACAAUCAAAUAAAAUCAACUUUAAUAACAAAAAUUUUCGAACCGAACGACAGCGAUUUAUACAUAAAAGAUAAUGAAAUAGUCGUACCUAUAAAACCGGAACACGAUUCUGAUGAUGCUAUGGAUUUCGACAUCGGUGAUCAAAACGGUGAUGAAAUACCUGAUGAUGAUAUGCCUAUAGCUGAAGUGGAAGUGAAGGACGAGACGAACGAGAUAUACUUCAAUGAAUUCAACGAAGAUGACGAUAAGAAAUUGAGUGAAGUGUUCGUUAAGCCGAAGAAGGUUAGGAAGAAGAAGUUGAAAGUGGAGAAGAAACCUAAGCCGGUGAAGAAGUGUGAGGAUGAUAGUCCUUCUAGCACUAUGGAUAGGUACAAAACAACGGACGUGAAGCGUCGCAAAACACAAGACCGACUCGACGAGUCCCUCUUCACGAUAACGAGUCUCUCGUACGAGGAGCAGAUAGCAGAGAUCCAGAAGCGGCAGGAGAUGUCGUCGUAUCGCAACGCGCUGUACAAGUGCACGGUGUGCUACCGAGGCUUCCAGAUCAAGGAUCGAUAUGACGCUCAUAUUAUAAGGCAUAGUGAGCAAUGCGGUGCGUACGAGUGUUUCAUAUGCAAGACUAGAUUGAAAACUGGCCGCGCUCUGCGGAAGCACCUCACCGCUCAACACACGGAGAAGUUCAGCUGUAAAGGGUGUCCGUUUGUCACUAGAAACCGGGGUGUCGCUAGAGAGCAUGAGAAAUGGCACGCGGGAACCAAAUACCAGUGUCCGCAUUGUUCAAGCGAGUUUGAUAAAUUAACAACAUACAUGGGCCAUAUACGGAUAAAACACGUCUCUGAUUUUGUAUGCGAACUUUGCGGGUAUACCUUUGUAAGUAAAAAAGGUAUUGAAGUACAUAAGAAGAAAAAACACAGGCUCUCUGAAAAGUCGGUGCCAGUGGAAGGUCCGUAUUGCGAAGUGUGUGACGUCAGAUUCGUCUCCGAAGAUGCUCACGCGAGGCAUCUCAAACUCUCGUCCAGACACAGCAGCGAUAAUGACCCCAACCGCAUAAGGAACGACUCUCAAAGCAUGAACACCGAGAAGAACGGCAGAAUAAUAAGGAAGAUCGAGCGGCGGCCGGUGAUACACCCGCGGGACCCCGCCGACAGGGGCAGGAACCCGGAGCCGGCGGGACCUGUGACGUGUGAACAGUGCGGCAUGCAGCUCCGAGACCUGAGACUGUACGCGCAGCACUUCAGGCGAGCGCACCCGGACAAGAACCGAACCAAGUACCCAGCGAUGAAGACGCCCUGUAUGUGCGAGCAGUGCGGCAAGAUAUUCCAAAGCAUGGCCCUCCUCAAGGACCACAUGUGGGUGCACACCGGCGAGAAGCGGUUCAAAUGCGAUCGAUGCACGAAGAGCUUCACGCAGAAGACGAACCUGGUGUUCCACAUGCGCGUGCACUCCGCCACCAGACCCACGUACGAGUGUCCGCUCUGCGGGAAGCACUUCGCCUUCUACAACAACCGGCGCAGGCACAUGUUUAUCCACACGGGACUCAAGCCGUUCAAGUGCGACACGUGCGGGAAGUGCUUCACGACGGCGGGCGAGCAGCGCGCCCACGUGUCGCACGUGCAUCUCAAGAAACCCUGGCCCAAGCGCGCCCGACACCUGCGCGCCGACGAACACGCCUGGCACAAGUGCAUGCAGCACGCAGAGGACUAGCCUAGCCACGACACAACACAACACAACACGUGCAUCUCAAGAAACCCUGGCCCAAGCGCGCCCGACACCUGCGCGCCGACGAACACGCCUGGCACAAGUGCAUGCAGCACGCAGAGGACUAGCCUAGCCACGACACAACACAACACAACACGUGCAUCUCAAGAAACCCUGGCCCAAGCGCGCCCGACACCUGCGCGCCGACGAACACGCCUGGCACAAGUGCAUGCAGCACGCAGAGGACUAGCCUAGCCACGACACAACACAACAC